AUGGAACCAGAUUCAACGACUCAUGAUAGCAGUAUUAGCAACUUGAGUAAAACCGAAGAUACUGAACCUGUCCUGCCAUUUACCACACAGCCCGGUAAUCUACAACUGUACAAGAACUUUAUAACGAAGGAAGGAGAUCAGAGGCUGGAGUAUCAAUUAGUGGAGAGACUGCAAUCAUGUGAACUAAUACCUAAGAGUGUUAAAUGUAUAGCCGAGGGCCCUAACUGCAAUGUAAUUUGUAGAACAGCCAGAGUCGUUGACAGAGUACAGUGGAUAUGUGAGGGUUGUGGCAAGACCCAGCCGAUUAGAGCUGGGUCCUUCUUCUUCCGCCUGCAGUGUUCCAUAUUACAAACUAUGCAGAUAAUACUGGCUUGGUGUGAGGAUGCAGACGUUGAUGUGGUUGCUGCACAUUUUGGAGUAAAACCGAAGGUAGCAACCCAAAUAUACGACAAACUGGAUGAGAUAGCGAUAAAGGAACAGAGUAAAUGCAAGCUGGGUGGUGAAAACAGUGUGGUUCUAGUGGAAAUGUACCCUGACUGUGUGAACAGACUGUCUCCUGACACUACUGACCAGCCACAUGCGCAUAGAAUACUCAUGAUUGCUGAUACUAAUCACAUUCCUACAAGUUACUGGCUACAUGUUAUGAAAGAUGACAACAAGAAGACUGCUAAUGGCUCCCUUGAUACUCAGGCGUUAGUAGCAGAAAUCGGCGAAGUGUUUAAGGAGGCGGUGGUAGAAGGCUCUGUGAUAGUGACUGGGAACAAUGUACCUGCUGUACCAAACACCUCCUCCAUACAGAAACUGCUGCAGCACUGCGAUAUGGAUAUGCAACGGUUUUUGUCCACUCGCAUCUGGCGCCAAGCAGUGACGUUGUGCUGCGCGUCCCGUUCGAUCUGUACUGGAGGUCUGACGGCCGCCGCCUGCGCGACGCUGGUGCAGCGAUACCUCACAACUUCCCUGUACAGGCUGCGACACGAUGACGGCUUCUAUAACAAAGUUCUUAAUACAAUCGUUGCUGAGUACAAUAAAUGUGAUACAUAA